UCAUUCAUUAUCCAAGCCGAGCAAACUCGCGCCGGAGACUACCUUGAGCCACGUACACUCCUUUGCAAGACUAACCAACGCCACUCUUUCAUCUUAUUGAACUCAAUAUGACGCUCAAGCAAAAGUUGCUCGGUGCUGUGGCGCUGGCCGCCGUAGCCCAAGGACAUCCAACCAAAGAGAAGCGCGCACCUGCACCCGCUGAGAAUGAUGGAUGGGACCAGGAACUGACCGUCUUUGACGCCAAGGUCGCAGCACCGACCCAAAUGCCUGGCGAGGUUGUGUACUUUCAGAGUGAUGGCUCGCCGGCCUUGACUACGACUGAGAUGAUCAUGGUGAUGCCGACCCCUGGCCCUGAAGACGAGGAUUGCACAACAACCACCACUAUGACCACUGUCUCGACGGAGACGUGCACCAUCUCGCUUCAGGGAGCUGCUCAGCCAUCACCCGCGGUGGCUGCCGGUGGCCGACCAUCCAAGGCAUUGCCCGUCAAAGGGGGUGGCCCGCUCCCUCACUCUUCCACGGGGAAAUCAUCGUCGGGUUCUGGAAAGGGCAAGGACACCAAGUCGUCCGGUGAUCUGUUCGGCGUCUCCUACGCGCCUUACCGCGCCGACCACAGCUGCAAAACAGCCGAGGACAUCAUGGAUGACUUUGAGCAAUUCGCAGGCGACUACUCGCUCGUCCGCAUCUACGGCACGGACUGCGACCAGGUGCCUCCCAUCUACGCAGCCGCCAAGAAGAUUGGGGUCAAGUUGAUGAUGGGGAUCUGGGACAUCAACAAGGUCCAAGACGAGGCCCAGAUGAUCUCCAAGGGUAUCGGAGGCGACUGGGAUACUGUCCACUCAGUGGGCGUCGGCAACGAACUGGUCAACAACCAGCAGGCCACCGCUGAUCAGGUCGUCCAAGCCGUGUCCCAGGCGCGCAGUGCCCUUCGUGGUGCCGGCUUCCAGGGCCCUGUUGCUGCUGUCGAUACCUUCAUCGCCACGGAGGCCCACCCAGAGCUCUGUGACGCCUCUGACCUAUGCGCGAUCAACGCACACCCGUUCUUCGAUAGCACGAUGGGUGCUGGGGAUGCCGGCAAGUGGCUCCAAAACACUGCCAAGGAUGUCCAGGCUGUGCUCUCCAAGCCAAUGCAGAUUCUCAUCACCGAGACAGGCUGGCCCACGGACGGUGCGGUCAAUGGAAAGGCUGUCCCAAGUCUGGAGAACCAGAAGACUGCCAUCGCUGCCAUCAAGGAGGCCUUUGCCGACAACCCGGGCGACGUUAUCCUCUUCUCUGCGUUCGAUGACCUGUGGAAGCAAAAGACCAUGGCCACGUUCAACGCUGACCAGCACUGGGGUAUUGGAGGGGCUAUUUCAAAGUGCGAUCUUGCACUCAUCUAGUCGCACCUUGUGUGUCCGCAGCAGGACUGUUGUUAGUUCUUCCAUUUGUCGUAACCUUCAUGUUGCGCCACCCCGGUGCAGAGGGUGCGUGCUGGAGGGGGACGCUAUUUAUGACAUGAUGUUUGGGGUUAAUUUUCCUUUGUAGAUCGGUAUCCUUCAAUUCUUAUCAUGUUUCAACGAUGUCAGCGCACUCGUGAUUGUAUACAAUACCUCCUGGACCAGAUAAGCGGCUCUCACUUGGCGAUGCACAUGU